CAUUCACAUGUAUCAAUGUUUGCAACUGUGUUGACUAUUUACAAGUUACAACCCUCCCAAUAAGACUCUCUUCAAAACCCCCAAAUUCUCUCCAUUUCCCACAACCCCAUGUCCAAUUUCAGAUCAAAAGACAUGCAAUUAGAGCAAUACAAUGGAGAAAUUGACCCAAAAAGAUCCGAUUUUGAGCACAACCCACCUCAUAAUUUCAGAUCUUUAAGUGUUUCGUAUGGUUCUUCUUACAAAACCCCACAAAAUAAUAUGGAUAUUGUGGUUGCGAAUGAUUUGAAAUUGAAGAAAGGGAAGUCGGUGAACGGAUUAGCGACGAAACAAUGGAGUUUUAGCGACCCAGAGUUUCAGAGGAAGAAGAGAGUUGCAGGGUAUAAAGUGUACUCUGUUGAGGGGAAACUUAAAGGGUCUUUUAGGAAGAGUUUCAGGUGGAUUAAAGAUAAGUAUAAUCAUGUUGUUUAUGGGUUAACUUCAUUCACAAAACACCCAAGCUCGAAGACCGAGCCGGGAACCAAAACAACACUAAAUAAUUACAAAAUUACACCAAUCCGACCACGAGAUCGGGUUGUUCCUGAUUCUAUGUUUAUACCAUAAAAACCCCCAAGAUCUAACUUCGCUAAAUAUCUCUUCUACCUUAACCUCUUUUCCCGAAAAAAUAGCAUUGUUACGCGCCAACCAAAUACUCCAACAGGCUACCCGAAUGAUGCCCUGAAUCAUAUUCUUUGCUUCAGCCUUGUGAGAACCAGUUUUGUGAACAUCCAGCAAGUCACGGACCGAGAAAGCGUAAAUAGGGGGAAUACGGCACCAGGAACUCACCUUCUGCCAUAGAACCGAAGCAACCAGACAAGAAGUGAACAGGUGGACAGAAGUCUCCUCUUCCGACCGGCACAGAGGGCACAAGCCUUCACCAACCGAAAUCCCUCUCGUUCGUAAAGCGUCCGCAGUGGAAAUUUUACCUAUUGAUUGGAUUCUUGGAUGAGUUUUAAGAGCAUUUAUAUCUCAUUCUCUUGGGUUAUGCAUAUUUUAAAAAAAGUGGCUCUAAGCGCGUUUGUGAGUUAAAAAGAGAGAAAAUAUUAUUGCGUAUAUGUAUGUAUAUUUGAGGUGAUAUUGUUCACCUCUCUUAAUUUUUUUAAUAGUUUUUGAAAGUGGUUAUGAGUGGAAAAGAGAGAAAAUGUAAUGAAAUCUGG